UAAGCGGCAGCCAUGGCGGGACAAGAGGAUCCAGUGCAGCGGGAGAUUCACCAGGACUGGGCGAACCGGGAGUACAUUGAGGUCAUCACCAGCAGCAUCAAGAAAAUCGCGGACUUUCUCAACUCCUUCGGUAUGUCUUGUCGCUCAAGACUCGCAACAUUAAAUGAGAAAUUGACAGCUCUUGAACGGAGAAUAGAGUACAUUGAAGCACGGGUGACAAAAGGUGAGACCCUCACCUAGAACUGUGCCAGGCUGCUGCUGGGAAGUUGCUUUACAGAACACAGGCCUACGUGGGAAAGGCCCCAGCAGCCUUCAGCUCCUUCCUCUCUUCUUAAAGAGCAAAGGGGCUUAUUCUUGUUUUUCUUUCUUCAACAAUGUGGCCUUUGGGCUCUGCCAUGUACAUCUGGCAGUGUGAUGUGGCAUGUGGGGAGAAGUUCCAGGGGAACUCUUGAAAACAUUAGGCAUUUUACCUUUUCAGUAACAUUUUGUAGAACUACUUGUCAAUGUGUUUGAGGCACUCAGAGCCAAAAGCCUGGGACUCUUCGUGAAGGUCCUCCCCACCCCUCUCUUUCUCUCUCAGACUUUCCUCAUAGCUCUCCUAGCCUCUGCAUUGAAUCUACACACAGUCUCUGUCUCCUCAACACCUUUGUUGGGGGCUCGGAGACACACAUGCCCUGGCAAGGUGGCUGCCAGAGAAUGUGGUUGCUAACCCACCAGUUUUUUGUCCUUUUGGGGAGGUCAAGGCCAGGCCCCCACUUGGCUUGAAGGGACAUUUUCAGAAUUUUCUUUCUGUCACUUGGGGUGUCUUUGCCUCUCACAUUUCCCUAAUAAACUCCUCA